AUGUCGGCGCCCGAGAUCUCGCUUUCUCAGGCGCUGAAAGUCGAGCCGCAUCUCCUAGCGAAAGGUGAUGCUGGUAUCCUGUCUCUCGCGCGGGAGGCCACCAAGAAACUCUAUGACCAAGGUAUCGGCGAGGAAAAAGCUUCUCGGCCGUACAUUUCGUCAUUACUAGAUGCAUGUGUACCUCGAUCAGCAGUAUCUGGUAAGCGGAAGCGCGCCGGUGGCGUGGACGUGUCAUUUCACCCCCUGUUUCCUCCAGCCGAGUUGGAGCAUCUCGUACUGGACCAUAUGGGCCCUGAGCAGGUCUGGCAGCAGCUGGAGCUGCGCAAUACCAAGCUUGCGCGUGUUCUCGAGCAUGUGAUGUCGAGUGCGGACGAUGACGAUGACGAUGACGAGGAUGACGAGGACGAUGCGACCCAGCCGGAGGCUAUGGACGACGAAGACGCAUGGGAGGACGAGGACGAAGAUGACGAGGGAGAUGAGGACGGGGAUGAGCAGGAAGAUAUGGACGAGGGCUUUGCAGGUGCCUCAGACUUUAGUGAUUUGGACCCCGACGAGGUCUUCUACGAGCCACUGCACAACGAGCAGGAGCAGGCGCAGCGCAAGGAGGCCAAGGAGCGCGACGAGAUGAUGCGUAUGUAUGGUGUGUCGGACACCGCGCUCGUUGACGCCAUGAUAGCGUCUGCAAAGGACGAUGACGAGGAAGACGAGGUGCCUACCACUACGCGUGCGCGGCACCCCACGCUGGACGACGACUUUUUCUCGAUCGACGAGUUCAAUCGCAUGACCGAAGCGGAGGAGCGGCGUAUGCAGACGCAAGAGGCAAAUCUCUCUGGCGAAGAACCGGAUGUGGACUUUGACGACGAAAUUGACUUGUUCGCUCCUGUCGACGAGGCCGACGAGAGCGAUGAAGAUCCUGCCGAGUCCGCAACGGCGGCCGAUAUUAUGUACAAGGACUUUUUCGAUCCUGUGCCAGGGCACCGCAAGGCUCCAGCAAAGGUCUCUGAGCCAGAUGAGCCGCCGCGCCGCACGCUCGUUCGCUUCCACGACCAAGUCCGCGACACGGCCGAUGGCGAGGUCCAGGCCGAUAACACGGCGCGACGCGUUGCACAAGACCUCUUCGCGGACGAGACACCGGCACCGGCCUCUGAACUAUCCUCGCACGAGCGCCAUCUCGCUGAACUCUCGGAGGCCAUUGCCCGGUACGAGGACGAAAACGUGCGUGAGAAGGACUGGACGCUCAUGGGCGAGGCGAGCACGCGCGAGCGCCCGGCCAACAGUCUGCUGCAGGAGGACCUGGAGUUUGAGCGCACAGCGAAGGCUGCCCCGAUCCAGACGCAGGAACACAUGGAGGGCAUCGAUGCGAUGAUCCGGCGGCGCAUCCUGGAGCGGCAGUACGACGACGUCGUGCGGCAGCGCGACGUCGAAGCGCUCCCCUUCUCCGCCUCAAACCUCCUGGAGCUCUCUGACGCCAAGAGCGCCAAGAGCCUCGCGGAGCUGUACGAGGACGAGUACCAGGCAGCGCGGGGCACUGAUGCGCCGUCCGAGGCAGAGGCGCGCCUCGACAACGAUCGCGCCUCACUUGCUGCUGAUAUCGAGGCCCUCUUCAGCACGCUUGACGCGCUCAGUAAUGCCCACUACACGCCCAAAGCGCCCAAGGCCGCCAUCCAGACCAUCUCAAACACGCCCGCGAUCCACAUGGAGUCGGCACUGCCCACGACCCUCUCGACUGGCACCAUGCUCGCACCCGAAGAGGUGUACGAGACGCCAGCGCAGGCGCCCGCGCUCGUCGGCGCACCCAGCGAACAGUCGCAUACCGAGAAGCAGCGCCUCCACCACCAGCGGCGCCUCGCGAAGCGGCAGCGUCGCGAUCGCCGGCAGCGCGCCGAGGCCGCACUCGAGCGCAGCCGCGGUGCGCCCCAGCGCGGCACGCAGUCCGAGAAGGACCAGGCGCUCAAGAGCCUCGUGGGUCACAAGGGCGUGACGGUCGUCGGCAAAGACAGCAAGCGCCGCUCGGUCAAGGACGCCGUCGCAGGGCGCCGCCCAUCAUCGUCCGCGGCCACGCCGCCGUCCGGCGCUGCGUGGAAGCUGUAG